GAGGAGGAGGAGGAGGAGAGGAAGAGGAGGAGGAGGGGGGGGGGACGAAGGCUGCACUUCCUGGGUCAGCGCCGGCGCCUCCAUUGCGGGGGCUGCGCCGCCGCCGCUUCCCGGGAGCAACAACACCGGGACCGGGAGCAACACCGGGACCGGGAGCAACACCGGGACCGGGAGCAACACCGGGACCGGGAGCGACACCGGGACCGGGAGCAACACCGGGACCGGGAGCGACACCGGGACUGGGAGCAACACCAGGACCGGGAGCAACACCGGGACCGGGAGCGACACCGGGACCGGGAGCAACACUGGGACCGGGAGCGACACCGGGACUGGGAGCAACACCAGGACCGGGAGCAACACCGGGACCGGGAGGAACACCGGGACCGGGAGCAACACCGGGACCGGGAGCGACACCGGGACUGGGAGGAACACCGGGACUGGGAGCAACACCGGGACUGGGAGGAACACCGGGACCGGGAGCAACAACACCUGGACUGGGAGCAACAACACCUGGACUGGGAGGAACACCGGGACUGGGAACAACAACGCCUGGACUGGGAGGACUGGGGCUGACAGCAACACUGGGACUGGGAGCAACAACACCUGGACUGGGGCUGACAGCAACACCUGGACUGGGAGGAACACCGGGACUGGGGGGACUGGGAGCAACAACACCGGGACUGGGAGCACCAACACCUGGACUGGGAGCAGCACCUGGACUGGGAACAACACCUGGACUGGGAUUGGGGUGACAGCAACACCGGGACUGGGAGCAACAACACCUGGACUGGGAGCAGCACCGGGACUGGGAGCAGCACCUGGACUGGGAACACCAAUACCUGGACUGGGAGCAGCACCUGGGCUGGGAACAACACCUGGACUGGGACUGGGGUGACAGCAACACCGGGACCGGGAGGAACACCGAGACUGGGGGGACUGGGAGCAACGCUGGGACUGGGGCUGACAGCAACACCGGGACUGGGAACAACAACACCUGGACUGGGAGGACUGGGGCUGGGAGCAACACCGGGACUGGGAGCAACACUUGGACUGGGAACACCAACA